CAGCUCUGCUGCAUCUCCUGAGAGCUAGCGGGGGCGAGUUGACAGUGCUGAAGAGACACAGGCAGGUCAGGCCUCUAAGUGUGUGUGUGCGUGCACAGACUUAGGCACAGCAACCACUGCUGCAUUCUGGUUUUCUCCACUUUUAUCUCAUCUUCGAGCACUACUGGAGAGAGGCACAAGCAAGCUUCUGUGCCUGGUUUUUCUUUGUCAUUAGGAUAAAAAGGAGAAAAUCGGAGGAUUGAGAGCACUGUUGGACAGAUAGCAGUUUUUCUUUACCUCCUUUUUUUCUGUCACCUCCCUGAGCGGCUGACAGCCUCUCACGUAUGUGCAGGCAGGAUGAUAGCGGCACAGCUUUUGGCAUAUUACUUCACUGAGUUGAAAGAUGACCAACUCAAAAAGAUUGAUAAGUACCUGUACUCCAUGCGUUUCUCUGAUGACACGCUGAAGGACAUCAUGGCACGCUUCCGGAGGGAGCUUGGAAAUGGGCUGGGUCGUGAUACCAAUCCAACUGCCACAGUGAAGAUGCUGCCUACCUUUGUCAGGUCCAUACCUGAUGGAUCAGAAAAGGGAGAUUUCAUUGCUUUGGACCUGGGAGGUUCAAACUUCCGUAUCUUGCGUGUGAAGGUGACACAUGACAAGAAGCAACCUGUUCAGAUGGAGAGCCAAGUUUAUGAGACCCCAGAUGACAUUAUCCAUGGCAGUGGGACGCGGCUCUUUGACCAUGUAGCAGAUUGUCUGGGGGACUUCAUGGAGAAGCAAAACAUCAAGGAUAAGAAACUACCAGUGGGAUUCACAUUCUCCUUUCCCUGUGCUCAAAGCAAACUGGAUGAGGCUGUCUUGGUAACUUGGACCAAAAAGUUCAAAGUCAGUGGCGUGGAAGGAAUGGAUGUGGUUAAGCUUUUGAACAAAGCAAUCAAAAAGCGAGGGGACUAUGAGGCAGACAUCAUGGCAGUGGUCAAUGACACAGUGGGAACAAUGAUGACUUGUGGAUUUGAUGACCAGCGCUGUGAAGUAGGCAUCAUCAUAGGUACAGGUACCAAUGCCUGCUACAUGGAGGAGUUGCGCCACAUUGACCUGGUGGAGGGGGAUGAGGGCCGCAUGUGCAUCAACACAGAGUGGGGUGCCUUUGGGGAUGACGGGUCCCUUGAAGACCUGCGCACAGAGUUUGACCGUGAGAUAGACCGGGGCUCUGUCAACCCUGGGAAACAGCUGUUUGAAAAAAUGGCCAGUGGGAUGUACAUGGGAGAACUGGUGCGGCUCAUCCUGGUCAAGAUGGCCAAGGAGGGGUUGCUGUUUGAGGGACGGAUAACCCCUGAGCUUUUGACAAAGGGGAAAAUUGAAACAAAGCACGUUUCCGCCAUUGAGAAGAGCAAAGAGGGUUUGAGAAAGUGCAUGGAGAUCUUGACAAGACUGGGGGUAGAGCCUUCUCAGGAAGACAGCGUUGCCGUGCAGCACGUCUGCACCAUUGUGUCGUUCCGCUCAGCUAAUCUCAUUGCAGCAACCCUGGGUGGCAUCCUUUACCGUCUGAAGGAAAAUAAGGGCGUCCCUCGUCUGCGCACCACUGUGGGCAUUGAUGGCUCACUCUAUAAGAUGCACCCACAAUAUUCCCGACGACUCCACAAGACAGUGCGGCGUUUGGUGCCUGACUCUGAUGUGCGAUUCCUCUUGUCUGAGAGCGGUAGCGCCAAGGGUGCCGCCAUGGUGACAGCAGUGGCAUAUCGUUUGGCUGACCAGACACGGCAGAUCGCACAGACUUUGGCAGAGUUCCGUUUGAGUAAGGCCCAGCUACUGGAGGUAAAGAAGAGGAUGAGGACGGAAAUUGAGAAUGGCCUUGGGAAGAAUACCCACAAGGAUGCAACCGUUAAGAUGCUGCCCACUUUCGUCCGCAGUACACCUGAUGGAACAGAAAAUGGAGAUUUCUUGGCUCUGGAUCUUGGAGGGACAAACUUCCGUGUUCUGCUGGUCAAGAUCCGCAGUGGAAAGAGGCGUACAGUAGAGAUGCAUAACAAAAUAUAUGCAAUUCCCAUUGAGGUCAUGCAGGGCACAGGAGAGGAGCUCUUUGACCACAUUGUGUACUGCAUCUCUGAUUUCCUGGACUACAUGGGUAUGAAGAGUGCCCGUCUACCUCUUGGAUUCACCUUCUCCUUUCCCUGCCAUCAGAAAAGCCUGGAUGCAGGUAUCCUCGUGAACUGGACCAAAGGCUUCAAAGCCACUGACUGUGAGGGUGAAGAUGUAGUGGAGCUUCUGAGGGAGGGAAUAAAAAGAAAAGAGGAAUUUGACCUAGAUGUUGUAGCAGUUGUGAACGACACAGUGGGGACAAUGAUGACCUGUGCAUACGAGGAGCCCACUUGUGAAGUUGGACUUAUUGCAGGGACUGGCAGUAACGCAUGUUACAUGGAGGAGAUGAAGAAUAUUGAAACGGUGGAAGGAGAUGUGGGCCGAAUGUGUGUUAACAUGGAGUGGGGAGCCUUUGGAGACAAUGGUUGCCUUGACGAUAUCAGAACACAGUACGACCGUGCUGUGGACGAGAACUCACUGAAUGAAGGCAAACAGAGGUAUGAGAAGAUGUGCAGUGGCAUGUACCUAGGUGAGAUUGUGAGGAAUAUCCUGAUUGACUUGACCAAGCGUGGGUUUCUUUUCCGGGGACAAAUCUCUGAGACUUUAAAGACCAGGGGAAUCUUUGAGACCAAGUUUCUGUCCCAGAUAGAGAGCGAUCGUCUGGCCUUGCUGCAGGUCAGGGCGAUUCUGCAGCAGCUGGGGCUGGACAGCACUUGUGAUGACAGUAUUAUUGUCAAGGAAGUGUGUGGCACAGUGUCCCGCCGUGCAGCUCAGAUCUGCGGAGCUGGAAUGGCCGCCGUGGUGGAUAAAAUUCGUGAGAACAGAGGCCUGGACCACUUGGACAUAACCGUGGGGGUGGACGGUACCCUCUACAAACUGCAUCCCCACUUCUCACGGAUUUUCCAUCAGACAGUCAAGGAGCUUGCACCCAAAUGUGAUGUCAACUUCCUGUUGUCAGAGGAUGGGAGUGGCAAGGGGGCAGCCCUGAUCACUGCAGUGGGCUGUCGCCAGAGAGAAGAGGAAAAGCAGCAGCUCUAAGCUGACCUGACCGUGUCACCCCUGGAAACAAUCUGCUGCUUCAACUUUUCCUAACCUGCUACAUGGCCCUUUCCUCCAUCUCCCUAUAGCCCUGCCACUGGCAGCCGUGACUCCACCUCUGCCCAACCUGUCUCAUGCCCCAGCCAGAGACACAGUCCACUCUGGGAUUCAAUUUACAGAAUUAACUUUUAUUUAUUUACCAGUGGGUUUUUAUUUCAAUAUUUGUUAAUUUUCCUCAAUAGAUUGUUGUCAAGUUUCCGAUAAAUCCUAACUCUCUAAGUGCAAUAUUUGUGUAUUAAUUUUGUAUAGAGGGAAAUACAGUAUUGUAUUUAUUUAGGAGGCUACAUUAGAUCUCUGAAUUUUGUUUUAAGUGUGGACCACACACUUUAAAAUAUCUGUACUUUUCAAAUGCAAGUGAAUAAAAUAUAUAUUUGAGGGGAGAUGCCCUUAUUGAACUAGUUGCUAAAGCCAGAAGAACCUUCUCCUAAAGGGCUUGAUGCUGAGGGGGCUGAAUACAGGAGUCACGGCUGUAAAAUCAUCCUCACUUUACACGUCACAAACUCACGUUAUGUACUAAUAAUCCUUAUUUUGUGUACAUGUCAAUGCAACGUAAUUGAAGUAAUUCACCUUUCACAAAACCACCCUCCAUAAGACCUGGGAGAAUCAAGCCUCUCGGUUAAAGUAUAAGCCUAUCUUGUUGCUCUAUGUGAACUACUAUACUUAAGAUGUUGUGUCUAAUCCUACCACUAUUUGUGUGCACAAAGAAUAAAUGUUUAUUGGGCCCUAAGAAAAGAGUUGAUACUCAGCGCUUUUGUGUGUAUUUGUUGCAGUGUCUGUGAGUCCUACUGUAAGAUGAACUGUAGUUAUGUCCAAAGCCGUAUGAAGAAUGCAUGCCACAUCAUAGGUGUGUUCAAAACAGUGACCUGGGUUCAUUAAAUUAUAUUUUGUUGUGCAAAAAA